GAGAAAUUUAUUUGUACUUUUAGGGAGUUAUUUCAACAUGCAAUAUGAUAUUUAUAGUGCAAUUUAGUGUAUUUUAUCCAAAACUAGCUGAAGGCUAAAUUAGUAACACAAAAAAAUAACAGUGUAAUCAGUUAUAUUUAUGUAAAUAUCCUUUAUUUUUGUUGUUUUUAAAGUAAUACUGAUAUUCAUUCGUUUUGUUUAAACUUUUUUAAAUGAAAGUAUGGCGUGAAAGGGGGGGGGGGGUGUUAGCACUGCAAAUAAAUAAACUACAAAAGCUAAAUGUUGUAAAAAAAAAAAAAACAAUAGCCAUUAUUCCUUAAAGAAGCCAACAGGUUGCGGUCAUUUUUUUGUGGAAACAAACUAAUUGUCUGAAUAAGAAACGCCUCACGGUUGAGAACCGGCCUCCUUACAACAGGAACUGACCCGCUCGGCUUGCCGUAGUAAUGAAAGGCUGUGGCGCUCCUCCACAAUGAACGUUGGAAAGAUGGCGACGGCAUACGCACUGGCGAGAGUCAACUGUGCCGGCGGAUAGAAAGUGUUUUCCAAGAGGCAAUUAUCCACCCCUCUUUGCAAAGAUUUAGCAGUGCAAAGUGUGUCUGACAUCGCUGAGAGAUGGUAUAGCCUAUGCACUGCUAGCAAACAGAAGCCGCUGUUCAGCCAUGGAGCCUCCGGAUCGCAACGAGCCCAGCAGGCAGGCCAAACCAGCGGAAGAUACAUCUCAACAGAACUCUGAGCUGGAUGAAUCCUGGGACUCUCCCAGUGAGGAUGACCUGCCUAUGUACAGCACAUCGCCUCCAUAUAACCACCGUCAAAAUAAGCGAAUGUCUGGCAAACAUCAGAGGAACAAUCAGUCGAGGGGUGCUGGUUGGUCUCCCAACAAAGCAGACUCCAGUCCAUCUGCCCAGAGACAAACUCCCAAGCUAACAGAGCCCAGUGAGGAGCCCAACUACAAGCAGGAAAAAAAGCAUCGGGCCACUGUGCGUUCUACUGAGAGAGAUCGCAAGAAGACCUUUGAAGGCUCUUUCGUGCUGGAUCCCCUUUCAAAGUCAGGCCAUUUUAGUUCCAUCACCAUGGAUCCCAGGAAGCAUUACUUGAGUUUGGGCUGCAGCAGCUGCAAACUUCCCGUUUCUGUGCCUCACAUGGCCCGGACCCACCGGCAAACGUCCCGGACUGACUGUCCCGCUGACCGCCUCAAGUUCUUUGAGACUUUGCGGUUGCUGCUCAAGCUCACAUCUAUGUCCUCCAAGAGGAAAGAGAAGGAGCAAAGAGGCUUAGAGAACAUGGCCUUUAUGGGCCACAACAAUGAGGUCAUUUGGCUGGAGCUACAGGCAUGGCAUGCACGCCGCUCCACCAAUGACCAAGACCUUUUUCUUUUUACUGCCCGCCAAGCUAUCCCUGACAUCAUCAGUGAAGUGCUGCACUUUAAGGUCAACUAUGCCGGCCUCAGAGGGCCUCAGUCUUCAGGGUCUCAAACAAUCAAAGGGGACUGUCAGAGUGUUCCGGAUCUUCUCUCCGGGGAGGAUGGGGAGAUUGCUGUAGCUCAGACCAACCACUGUGGAGUAGAUUCUUGGGGUUUUAGUGCCAGCCCUUCAACAAACAUGAAUGCAGCAGAGCCUUUGGGCUCAGGAGCUGAUUACAGGGAAAACCUUCAGCGCCAGCGACUGGCCUUCGAGCAGGUUAAGCGGGUUAUAGAACUCUUGGAGGACGUGGAAGCUUUGUACCCCUCGUUGCAGGCUCUACAGAAGGACUAUGAAAAGUAUGCAGCUCAAGACUUCCAAGGCAGAGUGCAGGCACUCUGUUUGUGGCUUAAUAUUACCCAGGACCUUAACCAGAAGCUGCGUGUAAUGGCCACGGUGUUGGGCCUUCACGAUCUCUCUCGGAUUGGUUGGCCCGUCUUUGAGAUCCCCUCCCCUCGCUGUUCUCGUGGAAAUGAAGAAACAGAAACGGAAGAAGAUGAGAACGACUCUACGGCCACUUACACACCCGAAAGCGAUGGAGAGGACCGAGAUUUUGAGGAGGUUGGGGGAGACGUUGCACAGGGAGAUUUGUCUCCCGUCCUGACUCCAAAAUUUGCUCGAUUGUUGUCGGAAGACGAGUUUCUCCCGACAGCGGUUUCAGGACAUCCUGAAGCGACUGCGGGAUGUGAAGCACUGUGCCCCACAGCCAUUUACAGGCCGUUUGUGGAUAAAGCUCUGAAACAGAUGGGACUGCGUAAACUGAUCCUCAGACUGCACAAACUAAUGGACCGCUCUCUUCAGAGAGCCAGAGCAGCACUGCUGCAGCGGACUCUUGCUCUGGAAUUUGCUGACUUUCCAGAUCCUAUGCUGUACAGCGAUUACUUGCCAGAGCUGUCUCGUCACGUGUCCUAUUACGAUCCCACUGAUCCAGAGCAGGUGUCCAGGGAGGACUUGCUGGACAUGGAUCUCCCAUCCUUUCGUCCAGCAUUCCUGGUGCUGUGCCGAGUCCUCCUUAAUGUCAUUCACGAAUGCCUUAAACUAAGACUUGAACAGAGACCUGCUGGGGAUCCUUCUCUGCUCAGUAUCAAACAGUUGGUGCGUGAAUGUAAAGAGGUUCUGAAAGGAGGCCUUCUGAUGAAGCAGUAUUAUCAGUUCAUGCUCAGAGGAGUGGCCACGGACGCUCAAGGCUUACAAACAAAUGCAAACAUUGAUGAAUUUGAAGAAGACCUUCAUAAGAUGUUGGUGGUUUACUUUGAGUAUAUGCGCAGUUGGAUCAAAAUGUUGCAGCAGCUGCCUCAGGCGUCUCACAGCUUAAAGAACCUGCUGGAGGAGGAAUGGAACUUCACCAAGGUCAUCACCCCUUACAUUCGUGGAGGGGAAGCCCAGUCAGGGGAACUUUUCUGUAACAUUGCUGGAAUGCUACUGGAAUCCACUGGAGAGUUUCUUGAUGCUGGACUGCAAAAAAGCGGCAAUGAAUUUUGGGAAAGUGCUGACGACAGCACAGCCUCGGAUGAAAUCAGACGGUCAGUAAUCGAGACAAGCCGGUCGCUCAAAGAGCUGUUCCACGAGGCCAGGGAAAGGGCAUCCAAGGCUCUCGGCUUUGCCAAAAUGCUCCGCAAGGACCUAGAAGUUGCUGCCGAUUUUAGUAUCACUAGUGGGGUGACAUGCCUCCUUGAGGCCCUGAAAAAGAGAAACUAUGUCAAGGUUCAGAUUCCUGGCUUGGAGGAACUCCAAGUUUUUGUGCCUUCUAGCUUGCUAGAUCAGCGUUCUCUCAUCCUGCAGCUGCUGAACGCUGCUGCAGGGAACGACUGCUCCAAAGAGCACGACGAAAUUGGCGAGUACGACGCUUACCUGCUCAUGAGCAAACACAGAGCCGGUGACUUCAGCAGCGACUCUGAAUGGGCUCAGUGGGAUGGAGAAGUUCUAAAAUUGGUCCCUCAAAUGGAAACCGUCGACACGUUGAGGGCAAUAAAGGUGGAGAACAUGCUCCUAGUGGUGAUGCAGUCGGCUCACCUGGUGGCCCAGAGGAAAGCUUUCCAGCAGUCCAUGGAGGAUGUGCUCACCCUCAGCCGGGAGCAGACAUCCAGCCAGCCUCUCAUUGCGAGCGCUUUGGAAGAUCUCAAGAACAAGGCUCUCCAGCUAUGCAUUAAGAUAAGCACGGCCAUUGACCGGGUGGAGUACAUGUUCACCACGGAGUUUGAGGCAGAAGUGGAGGAAUCGGAGUCGGCCACUCUGCACCAGUACUACAGGGAAGCAAUGAUCCAGGGCUACAACUUUGCUUUUGAGUACCAUAAAGAGGUGGUGCGCCUCAUGUCGGGGGAGUUCCGGCAGAGGAUUGGGGAACGCUACAUCGCUUUUGCCCGCAAAUGGAUGACCUACGUCCUCACUAAAUGUGAGAGCGGCAGAGGAACAAAGCCCAGGUGGGCGACUCAGGGUUUUGACUUUCUUCAGGCUAUCGAACCUGCCUUCAUAUCUGCAUUACCGGAGGAUGAUUUUCUGAACUUGCAAGCUCUGAUGAAUGAAUGUAUUGGACAUGUGAUUGGAAAACCUCACAGUCCGGUUACUGGCCUGUAUAACGCUCCCAGAAACAGCCCUCGUCCUGUGAAGGUCCCUGCUCCUGUUCGGUGCUACAGUGACCCACCAAACCCCAAUUUAUUUAUUCCAAAUCCUGAAAGUUUUAGCUCUCGAAGUCUCCCCUGCGAUCUCCGGAACCAGCUGUUGCCCAGCGGGCCUCGCCCUGUUCCUCAGGGCCCAGGGGAACACGGCAACGCUAAAGCGCCCGGCAGCAGCCCCAGUGACGUCAGUUGCAGGGUAUCCAGCUUUCAUGAGCACGACCGUCUGUCAUCGGUUGCAUCAGAGUUCAGAUCUCCGAGUCGUUACUCCAGUCCUACUGAGGACAGAGAAGAACCUACGUAUCCAAAAAUAGACCCCAACAACGCCCCACGCCGAAGCUGGGAACUCCGCAACUUCACCCAAUCAAAGGACAUGGCUGCACGGCAGAACCCCAUGGAGUCUGUCCGUUGCUCCAUUCGCAAGUUUGAGGAGAAACGGUACACCAUGAUGAAGCAACGCAACAUCAUCGGUCAAGUGUGUCACACGCCCAAGUCCUUUGAUAACGUGAUGCACGUCGGGCUCAGGAAGGUUACCUUCAAGUGGCAGAGAGGCAACAAGAUAGGUGAAGGCCAGUAUGGGAAGGUCUACACCUGCAUUAACGUUGACACUGGAGAAUUAAUGGCUAUGAAGGAGAUCCGGUUUCAGCCGAAUGACCACAAAACCAUCAAGGAGACCGCAGACGAGCUGAAAAUCUUUGAGGGCAUCAAACACCCCAACCUGGUGCGAUACUUCGGAGUCGAGCUUCACCGGGAGGAGAUGUACAUCUUCAUGGAGUACUGUGACGAGGGAACUCUGGAGGAGGUGUCCAAACUGGGAUUGCAGGAGCACGUCAUCAGACUGUACAGCAAACAGAUCACUACAGCCAUCAAUGUCCUCCAUGAACACGGCAUCGUCCACCGGGAUAUUAAGGGAGCCAACAUUUUCCUGACAUCUUCAGGCCUGAUUAAGCUUGGAGACUUUGGCUGCUCCGUGAAGUUAAGGAACAACACUCACACCAUGCCAGGGGAGGUGAACAGCACUCUGGGAACAGCAGCUUACAUGGCUCCUGAAGUCAUUACCAGAGCAAAGGGGGAAGGUCAUGGACGAGCAGCUGACAUCUGGAGUUUGGGCUGUGUCCUUAUAGAGAUGGUGACCGGAAAGAGGCCUUGGCACGAAUACGAGCACAACUUUCAGAUCAUGUACAAAGUGGGAAUGGGCCACAAACCCCCCAUCCCUGAGAAGCUGAGCACAGAGGGGAAGGACUUCCUCGGCCACUGUCUGGAGAGUGAACCCAAACGCCGCUGGACUGCUAGCAUGCUGCUGGACCACCCGUUUGUAAAGGUGUGCACAGAUGAAGAGUAAAAGGCCUCUCCUUGUUAGCUUGGAUGUUUACAAAACAAAGCACUACUGUACAUACUGUUGGCAAAAGAAAACUGAACUGUGGAGGAAGAGGAGGAGGAACAGCUGAAGGCACAUGGAGUUAAACUGAGGAACUAUUCAAAUCUAAUUUCAGAGGACAACUGGAUCUAUGGAUUUUAGGAUUGUUGUGUGUCUGUUAUGACCACAGAGGAGGGCUGAGGUGAUGUUGUACAUUCUGUAAGAAUCGGAUUGGCUUUAAUUCGUGUAUAAAUGAUAUUGUAAAGUUAAAGUAAUUAUUGCUACCUUUGCUUCUUCUUAUUGGUGAAAAAACCUCUAAAAAGUUGCCGAGGAUUUUUUUUUAAUGAAUGGGAGGGAGAGGGAACGAAGAUAUCUAUAGCACUUUCAAACUGCUCUCCCAAGGGGGCAGUUGAUUAGAUGUGGGCUGAAUUUUUAUUUCAGUUAUCCGACGAGGCUGAAAAAGGGUGUGGUGAGCCUCAGUGAAUGGAAGGAGGCGUCGGUUUACCUUAAAUGAGCAGCAUCUGAAUAUUUAAAUGCAUUUAUCACUUCCAACAAGCUCAUAGACCUAGAAGGAUUUUCUUUUUUUUUGUUAUUUUUUUUUCUUCUUUGCCUUCACUGAGGAGGAGAAAAAAAGUCAAGAUGGAGCAAUAUUCAAGUCUGCUGGUCACCAGUGAAGAGCUGCCCAUGAGAGGGGCGGAGCCAAAUGAGCGGAGAAACGGACCAGCUCUCCCUCCCUGCUGCUGAACACAACCAAACACACACUGACACACAACACAACUUCUAGUCCUCUGCUGCUCUGACAGUGUUUGCUAUGUACAAACAAUAUUAAUAAACCAGACGUUUUUUAAAAGUU